AUGAAAAAACUAUAAUAAAUAGAGAAUAUUAAGCCUGUUAAUACAGAAUUUAGAUUAUGUGAUUUAAAUUAUCUAUUAAAUGGUAAAUAUUAUUAAAUUAUAAAAGGAGGUAAACCAAAAGAAAAGUAUUUAUUGCAUCAUGUGUUUUAAUAUUUCCAUUAAGAUUUAGAACUUGCUAAAAAAUUAACAAAUUUAUUACUAAAAUAUGAAAAUCCAAAUGAAUAUGACAAAGAGAAAUGGACUCCUUUACAUUUAGCUGUGAGGUAUAAUUAAAAUAAAGCAGUGAUUUAUGCCUAAUAAAUUGGAUAAUUUAAUUUUCAUCUUCUUGCAGGAUAAUAAGGUUUAUCAUUAAUGCAUUUAGCUGUUCUUAAAAGUAAUUAUGAAAUUAUCGAAAUUUUGAUUGUAAUUUAUUUAAUUAACAAUUAGGAAGAGAAAGUAUCAUUAUUUACAGAGAAUGCAGAUGGAAUAUUACCAAGAAGAUUUGCUCUAUAAUCUCCAGUUAAUUUAAAAAUGAUUAAGAAAUAUGAAAAUUAAUAAAUAAUGAGAUUUUUAAUAGAUCUUGAAGAUAUUGAUGAUGAUGAAUCUACUUAAGCAAAUAAAAUUUAAAAUUUGAAUGUUUCUUAAUAAUCAAUUAAAUAAGGAGAAGCAAAUGAUGUUCUCAUUACUAGACCAAAAGUAUCUUUAACAUACCAUGUUUAAUUGAAAUAAUUCAAUCCACAAUAUUUAAAAUGUGAAAGAUUUUAUGAAAAUGCUUUGAGUAUAAUAUUUGAAGGAACAGAUGUACUUAUUUGAUAUGCGCUAGAGUAAGAGCUUUAUACAAGUAUGGUA